GGGCCGGCAGAUCUCAGCGCUUGAGGAGAGUCAGCGAACGAAUCUUUCAUGGAGAAGACUCGACUCGGCUCAGUUCGUUCAUUUGAAAGAUUCGUUCGUUCACGAACUGCCCAUUACUACUUCCGUGGCGUUGCAGCGACGCUUCCGGGACGUCGUAAGGUCGCUUGCAUUCGCCUAACGUACUUGCUAAUGUUAGGGCCUUAGCUACCUUGCUAGCAGCCACAUGUUGCUUCCAUCCGAAUGUGGCUAGCUUGAUAUUCAAAGCAGUUAUUGUACAUUUGCGGCUUUUGUUGUUUUUGUUGCUGUGAUCGUGACAAUUCCACGAGGACUAGCGAGCUAAGUUAUUAGCCACUGGCUAGCUUUGUAGCGUAUGUCAAGGGAACGAACUGAGUGUAUAUUGCUCGCGUGUUAGCUAGUUAUAAAGGUGACACCACCAGGUGUUCAGUAGUUCCCCAGCAUAGCUAACUAGACAGGAAAUGGCUAACACCGCCUAGCCAAAAGGCCCUUGUUAAUAGCUAGCGAGUCUUGGUUGCUCGUUACUAACAAACUUGGUUAACAACAUAUAACUACGUAUGAAAAAACUGCAGACCAGGUAGUUAGCUCGCUAGAGAUUUUUUGUCGUUUCUAAAGCUGCAAAUAUGCAGCGGAGACUUUGCUGGACAGUGGCAUUAGUCAGUCUAGUCGAUAUAGUGAGCUAGCUGACUAGUUUGCUAGCUAAUCACUUGCUAGCCAUCAAAUUAACGUCAGCUAACUUUUCCACAGCAAGACUUCACUUACAUAGCUAUCUAUCGGAGCCUGUAAAUUAUCGCACAGAAUGAGGCUUUUUAGGUUGUUGACGAAAAACGGGCCAAUCGGGAAACAGAUUGAUUACUACUCCAGGUUUUCUCCCUCACCGCUCUCGAUGAAACAGUUUUUGGAUUUCGGGUCAGAGAAUGCAUGUGAAAGAACUUCGUUUGUGUUCCUGAGACAGGAACUUCCCGUAAGGUUGGCAAAUAUAAUGAAGGAAAUAAAUUUGCUGCCCGAUAAUUUGUUAAAGACACCCUCCGUUCGGCUGGUCCAAAGCUGGUAUUUGCAGAGUCUGCAAGAUAUCCUUGAGUUUAAGGAUAAAAGUGCUGAUGAUGAUAAAGUCACUUACGAUUUCACAGAUGCAGUGAUAAAGAUAAGGAACCGUCACAAUGAUGUCAUUCCUACCAUGGCACAAGGAGUGGUAGAAUAUAAGGAAGCCUAUGGGACAGACCCAGUGACCAGCCAGAAUGUGCAGUACUUCCUGGAUCGCUUCUACAUGAGCCGAAUAUCCAUCAGGAUGCUGAUCAACCAGCACACCCUACUCUUUGGUGGAAAAAUCAGAGUUAACCCUGCACACCCGAAACAGAUAGGCAGCAUUGACCCACACUGCCGCGUCGCUGAAGUGGUGAAGGAUGCAUAUGAAAAUGCACGACAGCUUUGUGACUUGUACUACAUGAAUUCGCCAGAGUUGACAAUGGAAGAAUUCAAUGUUAAAGAAAAAGGAAAACCAGUAACAGUGGUGUAUGUACCAUCCCACCUCUACCACAUGGUGUUUGAACUCUUCAAGAAUGCCAUGAGAGCCACCAUGGAGCUCUAUGGAGAUGCUUUGGAGUACCCUGCUGUCAAUGUUCGCAUUGCACUGGGGACUGAGGACCUGACGGUCAAGGUGAGUGAUCGUGGAGGGGGUGUGCCUUUGAGAAAGAUCGACCGGUUAUUUACCUAUACCUACUCAACUGCCCCACGGCCACAAAUGGAAACCUCACGAGCUACCCCUCUGGCUGGCUACGGUUAUGGUCUUCCCAUCUCUCGACUGUAUGCCAGGUACUUUCAAGGUGAUUUAAAACUGUAUUCCUUGGAGGGCUAUGGCACGGAUGCUGUCAUAUACAUCCGGGCAUUAUCCACUGAGUCUAUAGAAAGGCUUCCUGUCUACAACAAGUCAGCUUGGAGACACUACAAGACCAUGCAUGAGGCAGAUGACUGGUGUGUGCCCAGUAAAGAACCCAAGGACAUGACCACAUUUCGCAGUUUCUAGUUCUGCAGCCACUCUCAAGAUGGUGCUACUGUUUGGAGUCAUUUUGUUUAACCAGGAAGAAUUAACAGCUUGUGAUGGCAACAAUGCUGAGGUCAAAGGUCAAAGCAGCCAUUUUAUUUUUGGAACUGCAUAGCUACUGGUAGGUAGUAGUUCCAUGUGCUUCCAAAGUAACUUGUAAACCUGCCUGCGCUGCAUUGUUUUUUUCAGAAUGCAGAUUUCAAUUGAAAUGUUCAGUACCAGAAUCUCUUUUAGAUCUUGUGUUAAUGUGCAUUUGGGUUUAUGAGCUUGGUUUUCUUUGAAGUUUGGUUUUUAAAAGCAUUUCAUUGUAUGGCAUUACUGUUACUUUACAGUUUUUAUGCACUUGACAGUGCAGGGAUAAUGACUAAAUGGGAAUAUCUUAUUGAUGUGGCUUUUUUUCCUACUGUAUUAAUACUGAAUACUGGUUAUCAGCAUCUGGAGCCACUCCCAUCUUAGAGCAUUACAUUACAUUAAUGGCAUUUGGCAGACGCUCUUAUCCAGAGCGACGUAUAACAAAGCACAUCUCAGUAUCUCAGUAUGAUAUGUUUACGGAACAAUUUAGCUUCAAAAGGUUUUUGUGACUAAACAGUGCUAAAGAUGUAAGCUGUUAAAUGGGCAUAAACACCCAAAUAAUUGACCUCAGUGGGACCAGAGGUGAAGCUAAUACUCAAAAUUUAAUAAACUGGUAAAAAUGUAAAUUUAAAUAAAGCAUUUAUUUUGCAGUUUAAAAUGAAUCCAUUGAACAAACCAUUUUAAAAGGCUUGACCAAAGUAUUUGAAUUGACUGGUUACAGUAUUAAAUAUAUUUCAGUAUGAAAAUGGCUAUUACAUGAACUUUGGGGCAAAAACAAGAUGUCGUAGUAUAGUUAUAGCAUGAGGUGAAUUGGGGGGAAAAAAAUCUCAUACGAGUGAGGUCCAGUAGUCCUAGCUUGCGUCCAGAGUGCAAAUAUGAAUGUGACAUUAAUGUACUGCACUCGCAUAGGCAGGAAUCCGCUGCAGUGGCUUAGGUGGGUAAAAUGGAAGUAUUCCAGACAAGCAAUAAUGAACUUUGGGCACCUGAUUCACCAUGUAUUUGUUCACAGUACAGGUAUCUUAACAGCUGCUCAUGUCAGGCUCAUAUGCAUAGUUCCUAAUUCCAAUCCAUGCGUUUGUGGCACACACAUACACCUAUCCUGGCCCAAUUGGAGGCUUAAACAUUUGUAUAUAGGACCAUACAUCAAAAAAAUUUUAAAUAUGCUUCUAGAAUUUAUUAAAAUCAGUUAAAACAGGUAGAGUAAGCGCACAUCACUAGUUUGCUGUAGUAUGAAAUGGUAACGAAAUCCUGUCGUUACUAUGUGCUAAUGAUAAUCUACCUGAACUGCAGCCAAAUGAGAAAUGGGUUUUCAAAGGUCAUGUGUGUGUGUACAUGUUUGUAUGUACUUGUAUGUGGUCUUGCAUGUUUGAAGUGACAUUCUGCUUAAUUUUCUGAUGUCAAAUUAAAUAUGUUGGCCUACUGA